GCGUCUUUUUUUUGAAAUCCCGCUGCCCGGGUGAACGUGGUGACAAGCUACAGCAGUAUAUCGAAUACGGCGUAUACAUACGUACAGCAGCAGCACUCGCAGACAAGUUGAUAUAGAGGGAAGUCAGCAGGCACACGGCAAGUCCUGCACAAGUAGUCUUCGCACCAAAGCGAACGCCUUUCAAGUGGAAAGCGAAGAAAUCAGCAGUUAUGAACGGCGGCACCGAGAAACUGCGGCUCCUCAGCGUAAUCGACAAGGAGACAGGGGUCUGCUUGUUCCAACGAGCCUGGCAGUGGCGUGGAGAACAGGAACGCUCGAGCGUUUCCAUUGGAAAGCUAGUCCAGUCUUUCUACCAAUUUGCGCGGGAGGUUGAUCAAGGAGAAAUAUCUUGCGUGAACUUCUUGGUCAAGUCCCGCACGCAUAGGAGAGUGUCGUCUUCACAAGCAACCCGGCGGACGCGUGGUCCUUCCGCCAGAUCCCUCCCCGAUUCGAUGCAGAUGUUGUGCACACGAAACGAAGAUAUUAUUGUCGCCGUUUUCUUCGACGUCAAGACCUGCGUCACGACAUCGACCGAGAACCAGGGUAGCGUGAGGCAGUUUAUAAACCAGGUCAAGAAUUCUUUUUGUGAGACUUUCGCUGGGAGAGUUGCAUCUCUGCGACCAACACUGAAACAGUGCGCCGAUGGAGACAUGAACGACGCGGCAUUACGGUCGGUGCAAGACGAGUUCUUACGUUUCGGUCCCGACGUCGAUCAAAUGCGGCAUGUAUGCUUCACAGCAGCCGCCUAGCACGCGCGUAGGUAUGCCUUCUCGUUCUGAGGGGCUCACGGGUGAUUCAGGCAUGUACAUUUUUGGCGACAAAAUUCGCUUGUUUGUUGCAAGCAGCCUAUACCUUCCGGUUUUUGUGUUUGAGCCCCGCUAUUGGGGAAACGAGGUUGGGAUAGUCCUCGGUGCGCAUGUGAGACAAAACCAUUGGCAUGCCAAAUGCAGUAUGUAUUACCUGGUUGAGAUCAUGGUGCGAAAUUGAGUGAAAACGAGCGGAGUACGACUGCUCGAUGUGACCAGGUGGAUUACUACGGCUUGGAAACACUUCAUAAUACUGUCGCUGCAAUACGAGGGCCAGCGUAGAAGUUUUGUUAACCACAAUGGCACGUUGGCCGUCUGGGAGCAUCGCGGGGCUGACAAGUAGUGCCAUGGGUUUAGAGGAUUACUACUGAACGUAAAAGUUCAUUCAGUACGGAUUGUGUUGAAUACAUCGAUCGAAACCCAGCAAACGUAUUGGUUUG